GUGCAGGCUACAAGCAUGCACUGUAAUGUGUAUUUACAGAUUACUUAUUACAUGCAAUUAAAAAAAUAUUAAUAAUGUAGUGUUUUAAUCAAUGCAUAUUUUGCCUGGUUAUUAGUAAACUGCUUACUGGCAUAUUGCUGCUUUUUGCUCCUGACUUGCAGAGGUGGAAAUUAGAAUUAGAGAUGAAGAAAUCAAAUGCUUUGUGACCUCACAAAUUCAUCACUAUACAAUAGUAUAGUGUAGCAACGCAAAGUUCUGGAAUAUUGUGAAGCAUCUAAAUUCUAUAGAACGGAACGCAUUUUACCCAUCUAAACGCACACCAACAAAGAAUAUAGAUAUAAGAUGUCCACAACUGCCCCCUUCUCUCUAGUCCAUCUCCUGCUUCUUGCCCUCGCUCUCCCCUGUAUUCGCACUCAAGGAGACACGGCCUGGUCUUGCCGUGACAACCGCCCCUGUGAAACAGCCUUCAUCUCUCUUAACCCUGUUUUCCUGGACUGCCCCAAUGCGCCAAACCACCAGCGCAUCUCCUGGCACUAUCUAAACCUCACGGAGAAGUACAGCAAAUCCAUGGCCUUCAUUGACGCCAAAGGGCCGGUCAAGGAUCUCGAGCAGAAACCAGCUCUCCGGCGCCUGGCCUCCAUGGCCAAACUGAUAGAGGAUGACCUGAAGCUGAAGGAACCCCUUGUCUCCGAUUUGGGGGCGUUCCUGUGCCAAGAAGGGGACAAAGUCUUAGCCUAUUAUGAGAUCGACUUCCAAGACGUUCUAAAGCUACAUGUGUGCUACGCAGACCUGGGACAAGAGACCCUUGGUAACGCCACGGUGGAUUUAGGAGGUGGGAAGCACGUUGAGAUCUAUACUCGGUGGAGCGAGUGGCAGGCCUGUGAUCGCUGUGGGUCUCUGGGGGAGCGGAAGAGAGUGGGAUUCUGCUAUGCUCGCAUGCUGGCCGGCUCCACAGAGGUGAAGCCCCCGCUCCCCUGUGGUCUCAUGAAGCUGAAGCUGGAGGAAAUGGGGAAACUGAUGAAGCGAGGCCCAGAGCUCAGGAUAGAGAGCUGCAUGGUGGAGUGCAUGAAGGAACAGGACCUGAGGAAGAACAAAGAGACCCCUAUUCUGCUCCUGGAUACCUACCUCACCCGGCUUCACGAACCAGUCGAGCUGAAAUGCCCCAGAGCUUCCAUUUACAAGUAGAGAGCACCGAUGUAUCAUACUGUACUACAGCUGUGACCAAACGUUUUGCAUCAUCGCCCUAUAGAAUCAACUAGUUUAGCUUUCUAGAGUUGAA